AUGGGACACAAAUUGAGUCAUUUGAGUGUCCUUGUGCUAGUAAUCUUAGCUAGUAAUAUGCAGAUGUCAAAAGCUCAAGAUGGAUCAUCGUGUAUCAACAGUCUUGCGCCUUGCCUGAACUACUUGAACAGCACUCGUGACCCACCUGAUUCUUGUUGCGAUCCUCUGAAGAAUGUUAUUCAGUCUGACCCACAAUGCUUGUGCAGAGUGAUUAGCACCCAGGGCACGUUCCAAGCUCAGCUUCUCGGCAUCAACAUUUCUCAGGUUGAGUUGUUGCCUGAAAGAUGUGGGAAACGCGUUAAUCCACUAGCCUGUCUCAAAGGUUUAUCAGGCUCAAGAAACUCUGUUCAGAACUCUGCAGCAGUAGUUUUAUCCCCAUCUUUCAUAAUGCUGAUAAUUGGCGCUUUAUUGAUGAUGGUUGGACUUUAGAUCACAUUAUUCUGUUUUAACAUAUGUUGUGAC